UGUAGGGGAGACAUUCAUUUGUUCAUCUCCGACGCGCUUGGUAGAUCUGUUCGGCGCCCAUAACCUCCGUACGCGUCCUCCGAUACCGAUCCCGAUCAUGGAAGGCAUUCAGACGCACCCGUCAAACGCGGCGCAAGCCAAGGCCUUCACUGCGCCUGGAUCGCUGUCGUUCCCCGGGGCUACCAACGAGUUGACACCGCCGCUCGCCGUCAACGGUGAUGGUGUCGAGCGACCUGUGCUCAACGGCCAGCAGGCGGCAAAUGGGAAUGGGGUGACUCCCGCGACCCCAGCUGCGACGCCUGCCGCCAACCAAGGACCCAGUGGCAUUACUCCCACUCUGCAAAACAUUGUGGCAACAGUCAAUCUUGACUGCCGCUUGGACCUAAAGACGAUCGCUCUGCAUGCCCGAAAUGCGGAGUACAAUCCCAAGCGUUUCGCCGCCGUGAUUAUGCGUAUCCGAGAACCCAAGACCACGGCACUGAUCUUCGCCUCUGGCAAGAUGGUUGUGACUGGUGCGAAGUCUGAAGACGACUCCAAGCUUGCGUCAAGGAAAUACGCCCGCAUCAUCCAGAAGCUUGGCUUCAACGCCAAGUUCACCGACUUCAAGAUCCAGAACAUUGUGGGCUCCUGCGAUAUCAAGUUCCCUAUCCGACUUGAAGGCUUGGCAUCCCGCCAUCACAAUUUCAGCUCCUACGAACCCGAACUGUUCCCUGGUCUUAUCUACCGCAUGAUCAAGCCCAAGAUUGUGCUCCUCAUCUUCGUCAGUGGCAAGAUCGUCUUGACUGGUGCCAAGGUCCGAGAGGAGAUCUACCAGGCUUUCGAGAUGAUCUACCCUGUGUUGCAAGAUUUCCGUAAGGUUUAAAUACCUUGAUUUGCUGGAGGCCGAACAUGUGUCGACCAAAACUUUGGACACGCCCAGGCCACAGCGCACUCCCAACUCCUUAAUGCUAUUAG